AUGUCGUGGUCCCGGGAAGACGACUACGCUGCCUUCAAGGCGGCAGCCAGCUCGUACAACUCGCCCAACCCUCGGCCGUGGUCGUUGCUCGUUUGGGACGUCGCUCAUGCGAAUCCUGAAGGCAACUGGCAUGUAGAGCCGAGCUCAGACUGCCUUCGCAGCGAGGCAACGCUUCGCAUAGUCUUCGCGCCUCUGCACGGUGGGCAGCGCGAAUGGAUAUCCGACUUUGUGGAACUCUUCCGAGUUCUCAAUGUCCCCAGCGACUUCACCACGGAGCGCACCCAGUCCGUAUGCCACAGCUUCGCCAGUCGCACGGAUCGCCAUGGCACCUGUUCGUGGUUCCAUUUCCUCUUCAAGAACAUCACAAUCAGACACGAGCCCGGAAAGAUGCCCGAGGUUGACUUGCGCAUCCCGGGCCGCUGGCAGCAGGGAGGCGCCAGCCUACCCCAGGCAGACUAUAGUUGGCUUGUCGCCAGCUUCUUCAUGCGCGUUCACACGCACGGGGCAGUGACACUCGUCUGCUUUGGUGCCCCGCCGCGAGUACGCAGGCGGUUCGAAGAGUUCGUCGACAGCUGUGGCUGGGACGACGUCCAGACGAACCCAUACGUGCUCUUUGAUGUCCUGCUAGAGGGUCUCUAUUUUGAAGUGGACAAGAUGGUGUGGAACAUGAACACCAUUUUCGGGCCCCUCGAACAUUCCAUUCUCGAGCUCGCACAUACCAAAGACUACGGACAGCUCAACUCGCGGCUCUCCUUUGCCGCUCUUCACAACUGUGCUAAGCACAUCACAUACCUCGGCGAAGGACUCGAUGCCGCCCUGCUGCUCCUCGACUCUGCCCUGGCGCAUGCCAGGGACUUUGGCAGGAGCGAAAACACGCGGGGUCUGGCAGCCAACGCCGGGAGACCCCGCGCGGAACUCGUCACCCGGCUGGUCAGGGAGCGCUUGAGCUACCGAAAGUCCCUCUUCCGGUCGACGCAGCUUCGCCUCUCCAGCCUCCACAAGCGCAUCGACAACAGCAUAGCCCUGGCCUUUAACGUGGUCACGCAAAAGGACUCGAUGGUGGUGACGCGCGACUCGAGCGUCAUGAAGAUGAUUGCCGCCAUCACCAUGGUCUUCCUGCCCACCACGGGCGUCGCCACCGUCGUGGGCUCGCAGUUGCUCGUCUCGGAGUGGCAAAAGGAGAGCCAGUCGUGGAACGUCAUGGCCACGCCGCUCUUCUGGACGACUUGGUGGAUCACUAUCCCCUUGACGGUUUGCGUGCUCGCCGUGGCCUUUGUGUGGCAGUGGUGGUCUCACAGCGAGCGCGCGCAGGACCAGACGCGCAAGAUCCUGAGGAAGCCAGCCAACCUGUUUGCCAGAGGAAAGACUGCAUCAACUGGAUAG